AUGGCUUCCCCGAGUUGGACACAGGCGCCACCAUGGAUCUGGCUUCCAACACAUACCGAGGAUGAAAGUCAACCCGGUCGGUAUUUUCUGUUUCGCAAAAGCUUCCAGUGGACUCGGCCGUAUGGGAUCCGCGAGCUUCCAGUUCAUGUUUCUGCAGAUAGUCGAUACCGGCUGUUUGUAAAUGGUCAUCGGGUUAGUUUUGGUCCUUGCAAGAGCUACCCGGAACGAUGGUACUAUGAGACGGUUGAUAUUCUACCUUAUCUCACCGAAGGAGAGAACGUCAUUAGCGCACGAGUCUUGCGCUAUUCUCGUGUUCAUACUGGCUCUUCGUCUAUCAUAAGUACCGAAUUGCCUGGUCUUAUGGUGUAUGGCGAAUCGGAAGUAAUGUCUACGGAUACUUCGUGGAAGUGUGUUCAAGAAACCACUCGACAGAUCAUUCCUCAUUCGGAAUGGAACUAUCUACUGGGCCCACCGUUCAUGUCAAACAACGAGAGAGUAUCAGAAGCAAAAUCAUUUUCUGGGUGGAAGCUGCCAGCUUUCGACGACACUACGUGGGAAUCCGCCAUCUUGCAAUUCCGCCCAGUGAAGAUGUUACCAAUACAGCGACCAUGGAAACUGACUGAGCGGCCGAUUCCAGCUCUACCGGAGAUCCAAGGCAGAUUUGAUGGAAUUGUAAAAUGCGAGGGGUCACUCACCCAUCAACACUGGAAUGAUUUCAUCAAAGGCGAACAGGAACUUAUCGUGCCCGCUGGACAGACUGUCACUGUUGACAUUGAAUGCACAUCUAUGACUACAGCAUUUGUCAACCUUCAAUGUGGCGGGGGACUGGGGUCAAUAAUAACCCUGCUCUACUCUGAGUGCUACGAGAAAGAUCUUGGAAUUGACAUCGCUCCUUUCCCCAUGCCAAGAACCAAGCUCCUCCGGUCUGACUCCACCGGCCGGCUAUAUGGAGUGAAAGAUAUCUAUACGGUGACCGACGGGCAAGAAGAACACACAUUUGAGCCAUUCUGGUUCCGAGCAUUCCGAUACAUACAACUACACAUCAAGACAUCAUCUCAACCUCUCAAUCUAAAGGGUCUUACUCUCCGCGAGACGUCUUACCCACUGGAUAUCACGACCAAGAUCCAGGCAGGACCAGAGCUCAACAAGAUCUGGGAUGUCAGUUUACAGACGCUACGGAACUGUCGACACGAAACCUACGAGGACUGUCCGUUCUACGAACAAAACCAAUUCGCGUCUGAUUCUCGACUACAAAUGCUGUUCACAUACCAGCUUUCAUCGGACGAUCGACUCGCCAGAAAGACGUUGGAAGAAUUCCACGCCAGCCAGUGCCCCGAUGGACUGAUCAAGGCGCAAUUCCCGGCUGGAUUUAACAGUAAGCAGAUUCCCCAGUUUUCAUUAUACUGGAUUGCCAUGGUAUGGGAUCACAUGCAGUAUUUUGCCGAUACGGCACUCGUCCGACGGUAUCUGAGCACCAUUGACGGAAUUCUCAACCACUUUGAUGAGCGCAUCAACGAGCUAGGACUCGUCGGCCGAUUCGAAGAUGAUACAUGGCCUUUCAUCGAUUGGGUGACACAAUGGUCUGUUCCGGGGAAGAUCUUCCAAUCGUGCAUGCCCCAAUCGUACACCACAGCAGGCGCAGCCACAUUCAACACUCUCUUAUACAUCGUGGCAUUGAUGCAAGCCGCCGAUAUGUCCAAGUUUAUGGGACGAAACGAUACCGCCUCCGAGUAUUUGACUCGAGCACAGGCCCUCCGAGACGCAGUGAACGCCCACUGCGUCGCAGACGGCGUUUACCUGGAUGGACCAUCCACGAAAGAAUACAGCCAACACAGCCAAGUGUUUGCCGUGCUCUCGGAAACAAUCACCGGUCCAGCAGCGCGGGAGCUCAUGGUCCGAGCAAUGUACGAUUCCACGCUUGUCCAGUGCUCCAGCGCACUACAAUUCUACGUGUUCCGCGCGGUCGAGAAAGUCGGCCUGUACAACAAGAUGUUCCCGGCCCUUUUGGACCCGUGGAGACGGAUGCUGGCGGAUGACCUGACGACGUGGGCCGAGUUCGAGGAGAAUCCUCGGAGCGACUGUCACGGGUGGAGUGCCUGUCCAGUCAAUGAAAUCGUUACCCAAUUGUAUGGUGUCAAGCCUGCCCAGCCGGGCUUCGCGCGUCUCCGCAUUGAGCCACAGAUGGAUCUUAUGCCGACAGGCGAGGGAACGUUUGUUACUCCUGCGGGGAAGAUUAGGUUGAAGUGGACGGAGGAUGGGAAUUUGGAGGUGGAGAUCUCGAGGGAUGUCGAGGCGGAUGUUUUCUUUAGGGGUGCUGUUUAUACUAUGAAGUUCGUGGCUGGGAGGGCAGUCAAUUUUCUGAAAGAGACCGAGUCUAUGGUGAUCAUUUGA